AUGGCCAUCAUUGGCUACGGCUCAGGCCUAAUCGGUGUCAUCACAACUUGGUUCAUCGUCCCUCACGUGGGCCGCCACGCAAUGUACAUCCGGGGACUAUCCGCCAUUGCUCUCUUGUUCCUCAUCAUCGGUAUCCUCGGUAUCCCUUCCGUGACUAUUUUUCUUUCCAGGGGUAUCGGCGCAAUUCUCAUCGUAUUGUCAUUUGUGCAUAACAUUUCCAUUAGACCAGUCGCUUACUCCCUUGUGUCGGAACUCCCCUCUGCGCUACUAAAGAACAAGUCUGUCGUGAUAGCAAGGCUCUGCUAUAAUACCAGCGGGAUUCCAAUUCAUGUCAUCGUCCUUUAUAUGAUCAACCCUACUGCGUGGGGUGGGGUGCUAAAGCUGGGUUUUUCUGGGGAGGAAGCUGUCUCCUCACACUCAUCUUUGCGUACUUUUGUAUUCCGAGCCAAAGGAUCGUACACCGGCUGA